AUGGCUCGUUCCGCCUCCGCUCUCGUCGCCGGCUUUCUCCUCGUCCUCGCGCUCCUCACCCUGGACGCGGCGCAGGGCCAACAGCCCUUCCCGCCCACCGAUCCCUCCGACGCGGAUGCCCUGCACGCUGUGUUCCGGCAGUGGCGACUGGAGGGGGAGGCGGCGGCGGAGGACCCGUGCAUGAAGCGCGUCUGGUCCGGGUCGUUCGAAAUAAACGCGUCUAUCGACUGCAAUUGCCCCGCCAUCAGCCGGUGCCGAAUCACGGGCCUGAAUGUGACUGGGUACGGGAAUAUCACGGAGAUCCCGCUGGCUCUCUUCAAUUUGACGGAGCUCGUCUCUAUGCACUUCAACAAUAACAAUCUCAGUGGAUCUUUUCCUCAUGAAUCAUCACUUUUAAGAAAUCUAAAGUCCCUGUGGAUAUUUGAUAAUAAUGUCGAAGGGCUUAUUCCAGAAUUUAUUCAGAACUUUACCAGUCUCACAGACUUGUACGCAUAA